UAAUGGAACAGAGUCAUGGACUAGUGCAUAGCUAGAUAACUUAGGCAACGUUAGUUAGUUUUUUGGAAAAUAUCUGCAGAGGUGGCCACUGCAACAACUGAUACCGACAGGCUACCUAUCCAUUUACCUUCUUCCUUUCGGGGGCUGGUUUUGCAUUUUGAGGUUCCGGUGUCAGUGUACGGUAGUCUAGCCUAGAGUCAAGACUACCUAGGCAGCGUGUUUUGCAAAUAAAAACCUGAGCUUUCUCAUCCCACUACUCCAGAUUCGAGAGCCUCGUUUCAGGAAGGUGUGUGUAACCCGGAUGUUCAGUUACACAACGCGGAAAUACAGGAUAGAGUCAUUCGCCACACUGAUAAGUGAAUCAAACAUCAAAAACAGUAAUUUGAAAAUUAAGGGCAAAUACUACGACUGGAAUCUAAAUCGUUGCUGAACUUCUUCUCUUCACUUUGUCUGGUUUCCGGCGCUGAUCAGCUCAGCCCUUCUAACCUAAUCCCCAUCUGUGCCCGUGUUAUACGGAUCCCAACCGCUGCCCCCACGUAUCGGAAUUCCACUGCUGCUCCAGACCCCCCCCCUGCAGUCUCUCUUGGCGUGGCCAAGCCCCUCUCAUUCAGGAUAGCCUCUGCACAGCUCCAUGGCGGGUCGUGGAGGACCGGCGCGACCCAACGGCCCGGCGGCAGGCAACAAGAUCUGCCAGUUCAAGCUGGUGCUGCUGGGGGAAUCGGCGGUGGGCAAGUCCAGUCUGGUGCUGCGCUUCGUCAAGGGCCAGUUUCAGGAGUACCAAGAGAGCACCAUUGGAGCUGCCUUCCUCACACAGACUGUCUGCCUGGACGACACGACAGUCAAGUUUGAGAUUUGGGACACGGCAGGCCAGGAGCGAUACCACAGCCUGGCGCCCAUGUACUACAGAGGAGCCCAGGCGGCAAUUGUGGUCUACGACAUCACCAACCGAGACACUUUUACGCGGGCAAAGAACUGGGUGAAGGAGCUGCAGAGACAAGCCAGCCCCAACAUCGUCAUCGCUCUGGCUGGGAACAAGGCCGACGUCGCUAACAAGAGAGCCGUUGAUCUCCAGGAAGCACAGGCCUAUGCCGAUGACAACAGUCUACUGUUCAUGGAGACUUCAGCUAAGACUGCUAUGAAUGUCAACGAAAUCUUCAUGGCCAUAGCAAAGAAGCUGCCCAAGAACGAGGCUCAGGGCGCAGCCGGGGCAGGGGGCCGGGCCCGGGCAGGAGUGGACCUUCAGGAGCCCGCCCCCCAGGGCCGCAGCGGCCAAUGCUGUGGCGGGAGCACUUAGCCAAUAUCCAAUGAACUGACUGAACGAGCACAGAACACAAAUAUUAUCAAGGCAACCAAUCACGGCCUAGAGAGUAACGAUGCGGGAACCGUUCUCUCCCCCCCCCCCCCCCCCCCAAUCAAAAGGAGACCCUUUAAAAAAAUUAUAAGCUAGAGAACUUCAGUGUGACCCUCUCACAUACUCUCUUUUACCCUCUAUCUAUCCCUCUGCUGUACCUCCCAUCUUCUCCCUCUCUCACUUUAAGCUAAUACUAACUGGAUUAUGUCUUAACAUUUUCUGUCCUUUUAAAAAAAACAUUUUGUCGAUGGAUCAUACCAACUCCUAUUAGCCUUUUUGUCCAGGUGGCAGGUGCGUGUCGCAAAGGUUAAGUUGUCUUUUCCUCUUAAAAUCAUUUUCUUCCUUCCAUGUUGGUCUUCCACAUCUGGAAGAGGGAAAAUAUGCUCCAAGGGGACAAUGUGUCUUACGCUCUUUCUCCGGAUCUGUCCAUUUUGUAAAUUAAUAUUAGCAUUUGUUUAUUAUUACCGCUGUUCCUUUGGCACGAGUGGGGGAUGAUUAUAUCGGACACACCUAAUGUGGUUUCCGACACGUGUGACAAAUUAAACCGUAACACAGUGUGCAUUUUUAUCACCUAGUACACCAGACAGUCAUUUUUAGCAUCAUGUUUUUGAAUCUGUAAGAUGAAUGUAAGAAUACAUUGUAAGACCUGGGGGGAAAAAAAACAUGGCAAGAUUUUCUUGGCCAAACUGUACAUUGUUAAAAUGUUUAUUCCCAUUAACAUAGUAUAACAAUCAUUUGUUCACCACCAAUCAAACACAAAUGUUCUGUUGGGGGGGCAGCAUGUGGUAGGCCAGCCUCCGACAUGAGAUUUAAAUCAUGUAUAUUGUUAUCAAAUAAACUUAUCUUGUAGUUUGAGGUAAAA